AUGGUGGUGGUACUUCUAUAUGUGGAUGACAUAAUCUUGACGGGCAAUAACUAUGAUGAGGUUGCUUGGUUACAAGAUGAACUUUUACUCCACUUUGAGAUAAAGAAGCUUUGUGAACUUGGAACUUUUCAUGGUCUACAAAUCGAAAUUUUUGAGAAAUGUUUAUUUGUAUCGCAAAUCAACUAUGCAAAGAAGUUGAUAGAUAAAUUUGUUGGAGUGGUGAGUCGAUACACGCAGGAGCCAAGAAAACCACACCUCGAGGAUGCGAAGAAAAUUCUGAAGUAUAUUAAUACCUCACUAGAUAUUGGUCUACUCUACGAAAAAGAUGCAAAAUUUGUCUUGCAAGGAUUUGCGGAUUCUGACUUUGCUGGAGAUCGAGACGAUCGUAGCUUCACAUAUGAGUUUUUUUUCUUUGUGGAAACACUAGCAUAUCUUGGAGUAGCAGGAAACAAGGAUCGAUAUCAUUGUCUACAAUAG